CCGUCGGCUCGGCGGCAAGCAUGGCGGCGGCGGCGGCGGCGGCGGGGCGGUGGUUGCUCCGCUGGGCCGUGGCCGUGGCGGCGGCGGCGCUGGCACUGGACAACGGGCUGGCGCGGACGCCGCCGAUGGGCUGGCUGCACUGGGAGCGCUUCCUCUGCGCCACCGACUGCGCCACCGACCCGCGUCGCUGUGUCAGCGAGUGGCUCUUUGUGGAGAUGGCUGACGUGAUGGCCGCCGAGGGCUGGCGGGACGUGGGCUACGAGUUCGUCUGCAUCGACGACUGCUGGAUGGCCCCGACGCGAGAUGAAGACGGCAGGCUCCAGGCGGACCCAAAACGCUUCCCCGGCGGGAUCCGCAAGCUGGCUGACUACGUCCACUCCAAGGGGCUGAAGCUGGGAAUCUACAGCGAUGUUGGGAACAAGACGUGUGCUGGCUUCCCUGGCAGUUACAACCACUACGACCUGGAUGCCCAAACGUUUGCCUCGUGGGGUGUGGACCUGCUGAAGUUUGAUGGUUGCAACUCUGGCACGCUGGAGCUGCUGGCGGAAGGUUACAGGCGCAUGUCUCUGGCCCUGAACAAGACUGGAAGGAGCAUUGUGUACUCUUGUGAGUGGCCUUUCUACUUGAGGCCCAUGCAGCAGCCCAAUUACACGGAGAUCAAACAAUACUGCAAUCACUGGAGGAACUUUUUUGAUGUCUAUGAUUCCUGGAGCAGUGUCAAGAGUAUCUUGGACUGGACAGCACUUCACCAGGACAGCAUUGUCAAGAUAGCUGGCCCGGGGGGCUGGAAUGAUCCUGACAUGCUGGUGAUUGGAAACUUUGGGCUGAGCUGGGACCAGGCGGUGACUCAGAUGGCAAUGUGGGCUAUUAUGGCAGCUCCCCUCUUCAUGUCCAACGACCUGCGGCACAUUAGUCCUGAGGCCAAGUGGCUGCUCCAGAACAAAGAGGUGAUCGCCAUCAACCAGGAUCCGCUGGGCAAGCAGGGAUACCAAAUCACCAAGGACAAGAACUUUGAGCUGUGGGAGCGGCCCCUGUCUGGCCGAGCCUACGCCGUGGCAGUGCUGAACCAACAGGAGAUUGGGGGACCCCAGAACUUCACCUUCUCCCUCACCUUCCUUGGCAACGGGCUAGCCUGCAACCCAGCGUGCUCUGUCCAGCAGGUCCUGCCAGCCAGCAGGGACUGGGGGGUUUACAGCUGGGUCUCUUCCCUGAGCGUGGAGGUGAACCCAACAGGCACCGUGCUGCUGAAAGUAGUGGCACUAUAGGAGGCACAAAGACAACUUUUUUGUAACUGUCUAAACUUCUUGUCACAAGAAGCCUGUCUCCUUCCUCCAAGUGGGGUGCCUUCAUUUACUCCUCAGGCAUUCACUACUCAAGUGCUUCUACAUGGACUUUGAACUUUCAGCCUUCAGUAAGAAAUACCCAUCACUCCAACACCAAGAGAUAACAGAGAAAGGGGUGCUGCUCUUCUGUUUACCCUUAUCUCUGGCAUCUUACUGAACUCCUUAUCCAUGGGGCUGUAAAGCCCCUCCAGGGCAGCAACUCCUGUUAAUGCCCACUGCCACUACCAACCAAAGAAAUGCAGAGGAUACACACAGCAUCUUACAGCUCUCCUUGAGCAUUUUGAGGACAAGAGGGAAACAGUGGCUGCCUCGCUUUUGCUCUUCCAGGCUGGGUCAUACAGUCCAAGAACAAGAAAAGCUGCUCCCACCCCCACAGAAGAAACCCAGCACUCUCUUCAGAGCAUGGACAUCUUCUUCCACCUUCUGACAACUCAGGGACUGCACUUCUUAGCAACUGCUUUCUUGACAGCUGCCUGUUUAGUGUGAUGAAGUAUCAUGCCUUAGGACUCAGCUUUUGAGGGCUCCUCCUUACCCCAGGAGUGUUCCUCUCACCAGUGGCUGUCACUUCCCUUCAGAUGACCAGUUCCCUCUCUGCCCUUCGUGGGACCGCUGGGGCCCCUGCUCAAUGAGCUGCCUUCCAAAAUACCUCUGUGCUUGCUUUUCACUGCUGGCAGUAGCCUUUAAGCUGGGUAACACGGGUCCUUCCGAGGCAGGAGAUGGAUACUUAAUUGCUUAUGCAACCAUCUUGUACAAGUAUGUUCUCUUCUGACUACUAUGCAAUCAAGAUAUCUUGAUUUGUUCUUAUUUCUGUGAUUAAGCACUUUGAUUAAAAUGUCCCUUAAAAAGGCUUUUUCUUAGUUUCACUGUACAAGAGUACAGCACAGUAUCUGAAAUUAAAUCAGAUUUUAGAAAACAGGCCAGUCUGUUCCAGCCA